UAGUCACGAAAAAGAAUCGAUGUUUCUCCACCUCUAUUUCUGGCAUCGGCAAUUAUUUUCUUUAGUUUAUUUUUUUGUUCCCCGAAUCGCUUGUGCUCGUGCUGUCGCCCCAAAAGCGAUGUGCUGACCAUUGGAGCAGGCGACUCGCUGGAGGAUUUGCAGCAGGAUUCGUGAUUUUCGAUUUUUGAUCAUCAAUCGCCGUUUCCCCAGUCGCGUCCGCUGCUAUGCGUCUGUGUGCGUGCCCGUGUCCGUGCGUUUGCCUGUGUGUGUGAGCUAGUGAGAUCGGGAAGAAGUUGUUGUUUUUGUUGCUGUCGCUGUUGUUGUUGCUGGAGUUGCCGUUGCCAUCGUUUGUUGUUUGUGCAUUUUCCAUUGUCGGGCGAGCAACAACUAAAACAACAAAAACAAGAAAAAAGGGCGGUAAAAGGCCAGAAAUUUGGAGCACGGGAAAUCUGAGUCGUUGAAGAUGUUCUCGAAGAAGAAAAAGAAACCGCUGAUCUCGAUGCCCAGCAAUUUUGAGCAUCGUGUGCACACCGGAUUCGAUAAGCGGGAAAACAAAUACGUUGGCCUGCCGCUGCAAUGGGCCUCGAUUGUGGGCAACAAUCAGAUCCUCAAGUCCUCGAAUCGCCCCUUGCCGCUGGUCGAUCCCUCGGAGAUUACGCCCACUGAGAUCCUCGACCUGAAGACCAUUGUGCGUCCGCAUCACAACAACAACAAGGCGGACACCACCUCGCUCAACAGCAGCAGCACCAUGAUGAUGGGCCCCAUGGCUCCCAAUCCCAUGGCACCCGGUUCGCAUGGGCUGAUGAAUCCGCAGGGCAUGAUGUUGCCACCAGAAACGGGCGGCAUAAUCCUGCCGAAGACCUCACAUGUGGCCAGAUCGAAUUCGCUGCGGAGCUCCAGUCCGCCGAGAGUACGCCGGGUGGCCAAUGUGCCGCCAUCGGUGCCCGAGGAGGAAGGUCCGCCGUCGGCAGCUGGAGGUGGUCUUGGUGGCGGCGGCGGCAGUGGCGGCUUUAAGCCACCCGGUGCCCAUCCCUCCCUGCUCUACACCAGUCAGCACGCCAAUGGAGCAACCGGACCGCUGGCCGUGCGCACGGAUCAGACCAACCUGCAGCAGUAUCGCAGCAACCUGGCCAUCCCGUCAUCCGGCUCCAUUCCCCACCAGCAGCAACAGCAGCAGCAGCAGACCUCGCCCGUCGGCUCGGUGGCCAGUGGCACGCGAUCGAACCACUCGCAUACGAACAAUGGCAACAGCGGCAGCUAUCCCCUGUAUCCCACAAGCCAACAGCAACAGCAGCAGCUGCAGCAGCAGGCCAAACAGGCCGGCGAUCAGAACCAAAACCCCUUGCAUCCGCACGCCCAUCCGCACCAGCACCUGGCCAAGUCAGCAUCGAGGGCCUCCAGUUCGAGCGGCGGAGCGAGCAGUGCUGCCCAGCAGGCGGCGGCAGGAGCGGCCGGUCAGCCGAAGCAGGACCAGCGCCUGACCCACGAACAGUUCCGUGCCGCCCUGCAAAUGGUGGUCUCCGCCGGAGAUCCGCGCGAGAACCUCGACCACUUCAACAAAAUAGGCGAAGGCUCAACGGGCACGGUUUGCAUAGCCACAGACAAAUCUACAGGUCGCCAGGUGGCCGUGAAGAAGAUGGACCUGCGCAAACAACAGCGACGAGAGCUGCUCUUCAACGAGGUGGUCAUCAUGCGCGACUACCAUCAUCCCAAUAUCGUGGAGACGUACUCCAGCUUUCUGGUCAACGAUGAGCUCUGGGUGGUGAUGGAGUACCUCGAGGGCGGGGCUCUCACCGACAUUGUCACCCAUUCGCGGAUGGACGAGGAGCAGAUAGCCACCGUCUGCAAGCAGUGCUUGAAGGCUUUGGCCUAUUUGCACUCACAGGGCGUCAUCCAUCGCGACAUCAAGUCGGACUCGAUUCUGCUGGCCGCCGAUGGACGGGUCAAGCUGUCGGACUUUGGAUUCUGCGCCCAGGUGUCCCAGGAGCUGCCGAAGCGCAAGAGUCUCGUGGGCACGCCGUACUGGAUGUCGCCGGAGGUGAUUUCCCGCCUGCCCUACGGACCCGAGGUGGACAUCUGGUCGCUGGGCAUCAUGGUCAUCGAGAUGGUCGACGGCGAGCCGCCCUUCUUCAACGAACCGCCGCUGCAGGCGAUGCGUCGCAUCCGCGACAUGCAGCCGCCGAACCUGAAGAACGCCCACAAGGUAUCGCCGCGCCUGCAGUCCUUCCUCGACCGGAUGCUCGUCCGGGAUCCGGCGCAGCGAGCCACCGCCGCCGAGCUGCUGGCCCAUCCCUUCCUGCGUCAGGCGGGACCGCCGUCGCUGCUCGUGCCGCUGAUGCGCAAUGCCCGACACCAUCCGUAGAUGGCGGCGGAAGCCCACACCCACACCGACACCCACAGGACGCCGACCAAUCCAGAAGAUUGGAGAAGCAAACAGCAAACAAAAUGAAAUGGAACACAUUCCCUAGCCGUGGGCAUCCAUCGAUCGAACUCUAGUAUUAACAUUCAGUUUGGCAACUGUACUUAUUCCCGAAACCCCCUCGAAACGUUGUAAAGUCAUUUAAGCCAGCACACCCACAUUUUAGCCACCAUUCCCACAAACGAACACUCGAGGUUUCCGAAGAGAACGCAAUGUGCCUUUCACCCGCCUCAAAACAAAAUAAAAAAAAUGGAAGAAUCGCAUCCAGAACAUCGUUCGGAACGAGAUCGAUAUACAUAUAGCAUUUAUCUGCCCGAGGACCGAAAUCGGCCCUUUGAACACAUUUAUAUAUAUGAUAAUUUCUGCAUUUUGCUCUCUCUUCUUGUCAAUAUUAAUUUGUGUGUGCGCGUGUUUGAUUUUUUUUAACCAGCCCAUAAACAUUGUUCGAAUAUAUAUACGCUAAGAGAUAAUGUUAAAAAUCUAUAUAUAUAUAUAAACACAUAUAUUUUUUAUAAAAACAAAACGUAGCCCUAAGUAAAGCGAAACAACGAAGGUGUGAAUCGAAAAGAGACGGAAGCGUUGGCGCCGAAAACGAGAGAGAAAGAGAUAGUUGAAAGGGCAUUCGAAAUGAUUUGGACAUAUCUUUAGGGCCUAAAAAACAGUUACAAAGGCCACGUUAAUGCAUCUGAUACAUAACUGUGUGACAUGUUAACUCUUCAGACCAACUAUACAUACAUAUAAACUCAUUCCCGAUUUCGAAAAUAUUUUAGAUCUUUUAGCUUACAUUCUUUGUUCUGUUUUUUGAUUAAACCCGUGUAAUUAUUAAUUAAUGAAUAAACAUAAACGCAAAAAUGUU